ACCGCCCUCGCCCCCACCGCCGAGGGGUCUCCUCCCCAGAGCGCGCUCCCCGCCCCCUCACCGGGCGGCGGCGACGGCGGCGCAGGGGAAGGGGCGGGCAGGGGCCGGCUCUCUCCUCCCACCGCGCUCCCGCCGCACACGCUUCCAGGCACAGAGCGAGCGAGCGGCGGCGAGGCGGCGCGGGCCGGCUCCGCUUCCUUCUCGCCGCCGGCGCAGUUCUCGGGCGGGCGCGCGCCGCGAUGGCCCGGGCCGAGCGGGGCUGAGCCCGCCGCCCGCCCCGCCCGCCCGCCGGCCCGCCGGCCCAGCCAUGGCGAAGCAGUACGAUGUGCUGUUCCGGCUGCUGCUGAUCGGGGACUCCGGGGUAGGCAAGACCUGCCUGCUGUGUCGCUUCACCGACAACGAGUUCCACUCCUCGCACAUCUCCACCAUCGGUGUUGACUUUAAGAUGAAGACCAUAGAGGUAGAUGGCAUCAAAGUACGGAUACAGAUUUGGGACACAGCGGGGCAGGAGAGAUAUCAGACCAUCACAAAGCAGUACUAUCGACGGGCCCAGGGAAUAUUUUUAGUCUACGACAUUAGCAGCGAGCGCUCUUACCAGCACAUCAUGAAGUGGGUCAGUGAUGUGGAUGAGUAUGCACCAGAAGGUGUCCAGAAGAUCCUUAUAGGGAAUAAGGCUGAUGAAGAGCAGAAACGGCAGGUGGGAAGAGAGCAAGGGCAGCAGCUGGCUAAAGAGUAUGGCAUGGACUUCUAUGAAACAAGUGCCUGCACCAACCUCAACAUUAAAGAGUCCUUCACACGCCUGACCGAGCUGGUGCUGCAGGCCCACAGGAAGGAGCUGGAAGGUCUGCGGACACCCGCCAGCAAUGAGUUGGCCCUGGCGGAGCUGGAGGAGGAUGAGGGCAAACCCGAGGGCCCGGAGAACUCUUCGAAAACCUGCUGGUGCUGAGCAUCUUGUGUGGAGCGCCCCCGCCCCGCACAGUCCCCUCUCCCCGCAGGAGGGCUGCGGGCACACAGGGAGCCUGGGCUUUGCCCUGCUUCUCUUCUCCUUCAGGUGACCCUGUGGAAUCUCGGCCGCUGCUCCUCCCCCUGCCUGGCUCCGGGGAGCAGCUCCUCUGUCCUGUCCCAGCAGCCUUGCCCCCCCUCCCCCAUCCCUCCCCCCGGGAUGGCCCCCUCCAGCCUGUUUCCCCAGCCACAGGCCUGCCUCGAGCCCCUGAUGUGCUACGAGCACUGCCUCACUACCCCGAGGUCCCAGGCGAUGGCCCAGUCUGGAGUCAAGGCCACUGGAGGUUCCUUCUCUCUCAGUGCAUCUGGUCUCCUCUCCGCUUCUCCUCGCUUCUUCCCACCCCUCUUUCUGUCCCUUCCCCUCAGCUGUGUUCCUAUCAAAGCCCUCCCCCCGCUCCCCACGUGUCCUGUGUGGCUGCUGGUACAGCACCUUGCAAUUCCUCCCUCUUUGCCGGGCCGAGGGAGUGGACUCAGGCUCAGGGGCACGUUCCCUGCUCUGCUCCGGGAGAAGCCCCACCCCGCUUUGUGGGAAAUUCUUCCCGUCCGCUCCUCCCCACCGCCCCUUCAUGUGCCAUGGGCCUGCCUCCCCGGUGACCGGGGAAAGAGGAACGGCGAGAGAGGAAGGAAAGCCCAAACUGGUGGUCCCCACGCCUGGGGCUGUCCUACCCGCCCCCCCCGUCCCCCCCCACCCCCCCACCCCCUGUCCCCAGCUUCCGCUGCACUUGGCUGCCUGCCCUCCUGCAUCUUGGGGGAACUGAGCUUCAAAGAAGAAAAAAAAUGAUGAAGGGUGGCAGGGAUAAGAAGUAACCUCCAUUCUCUACCUGCCCUGCAGCGUGUACGCUAUUUCUCCCUGACCCCGGGCUCCCGAAUUUAAAGAUGUGGACCAAGGCCUGAGGGCAUUGCAGGGGCAAGGAGAGCCCUGGGGCCAACCACACACUCCGGGAAGGGGAGUGUUUGGAAAUGAAGGACCAGCUCCUGUGUAUCAGGUUAAGAGCCGGGACAGCAGUUUGCAAACCAGAGGGGAAUUCAGCAGCAGCAGGGAUUCCUGGGCCCCAUCUUCCAUUUCUUAUGUAAGAAGGGCACUUCCCCACCGCCCUGGCAGGUGAGAGGUGACAGAACCACGCUGGUGGUCUUUCACCGAGCCCAGCCUUCCGCUCUCAAGGCUUUCCCGAGACCCAAAGUUUGUGGGAGAAGGGCAGGGAGCUCAUGGGCAGAAAGCAGGCAAGCCCUGGGUAGGAACGCUUGGUGCUGUUCCCUUCAGCCUUCAAGACCAAGUGCUCAUCUUGUUCCUCUAGCUCCUGAGUCAGAGGCCUGAGGGUUUGCCAAGGGCACUGUGGCUACAGGUGGAGGGAAACGGACUCCCUUCUCCAGGGCCCUUUGUUUCAGGAAGAAGUUUCUUUAACCCCAUAUGGUCCAAGAGUCGUUUGCAGGAGGCCCUUUAAGGAGGGAACAAGUCAGUUACCAGCCCUAGUAGGGUUCCUCCCCACCGUCCCAAGAUGGGAGAAGCCUAGGGAGGAGGAUCAGUCUUAAGCUGCGUUGCAUGGCUGGCGCUGGAGUGAAAAACCAAAAUGGGCAUCGAACGUUCACUAAUUAAGGACUAAAAUCCAGGACACACACAUGUGAAGGAUUAAGAGCCCCACUUCCUUACUCCUCUGAAAAAAUGGGUGGGGGAUGAAAUCGCCAAACCUUUCCUCUGACUCUUACCAAAUCAGGAGAGGGCAGGAGAGGGUAGCUCAGGAUGAAGGAAUGGGGGAUGGGUUAUUGUAGUGGAAGGAAAAGGAAGGCAGGAAUAGUUAUAAAUCGUCAGCUAAUGAGAAAUGUAAAGAGCUGACUCUUUAGGACGAAAUCAUGACCACAGCUGAGGACGUUUCCUUGAGGACUAACUCCUCAGGUGUUAAAACAUGCAGCAUCACUCUGGGGUGAGGAGGUCAGCAGUGCCAACCCGCGGUGUGCCCUCAGCCAGGGGCUCGGGGGAGGGGAAGAUAUACUGGCCACUGGCUCCAACCUGUGGUCAGUGUUGCUGCUUUCCGUGAAGAUCUGGCCGAGCACCAUUGCCUUUCUCUCCUAGCCCCCUUGGGGGAGAGGGACUAUAUUUUUACUGUACCCUAGGGGUUCUGGAAGGGAAAACUUGGGGUUAGGAUUCUAUGGCCUGAGAAGCCCCAUCCAUAAGGGCCACAGCUGGGGAGAGGUAUGGGGCAGAAGAGGGGUUGGGAUUUUAGGGUGCAGCUAUGCUCAUGAGGUACCAGAGUCAGCCUCUCACCCCUAAACUUCUCCAGUCCCGGACGCAGCCUGGGACCUGGCCUUAGACUGUUGAGCAGGUGCGCCUGCCUGUUGGCUCCACCUGUGCACCUAUUGUCUUGAGGCUCGGCACAGCCCCAGGCUCUCCACCUGCUCCUGAGCCCCACCAUCUCCCUGUGACGGGUAAACUUCGUAUGCUGUGUCUCGGGUCCAGGAUAUGAAUUGUGAGCAGGGUUCAUCUAUUUUAAACACAGAUGUUUACAAAAUAAAGAAUAUUUCAAGUCACAGGUGUGACUGCCUGUGUGAAUCCCUGGGAGUAGAUCUCACUGGGACCCUGGCAGUUCAGGGGGAGGGAGAGAGGCAGUGCUGGUAGAAGAGGUUCCAGAAUCCUAAAGCAACAGCAGAAGAAUGACAAUGGAAACAGCAAACGUCUUCCGUUUGGUGCCUCUCCUAAUGCCACCUGCAGGGGAGCCCCAAGCAAAGCCCCCAUUGCUCGGCAAUGGGCUCCCAUUGCGGAAAUAAGAUUGAGUAGAGUCAUUGGGGACAUGCUGAAUAUCUAUGUCUGAGGGUGUCUUUAAAACCAAGAGGGUUCUCAUCUGCUUGGAAUGUAACAGAAACAGGUCUUCCUGAAGGCAUGAGGUGGGAUUAAGUAAUCUUUCAGAAGUUCAUCCUAGCCCUGUGCUUGGAUACCCCACGGGAACAAGGCAGUCUAGAAUCUUGGGUUCUGGGGACUGUUGAAUACUAUACUCUGGGGUCCGGAGUUGAUGGAAGAGGCAGAGACUGGAGGUAAAGAUAAAAUGAAGAAGGAAGGAGUAAAACAAGGCAGGGCAACGGUAGCCUAAGAUCUUAACCUGCAUUUUCCAAUUUACAGAGAACUUGUAAUGCUUUAUCUCCUUUGUCGGAACAAUCAGACAAUCACGUCUGUGUGAGAUAAGGAAGGUGAUUAUCUUUAAAGUUCGACAGAUAAGGAAACAGGUGCCUAGGGGCCCCAAGGAAGAGUGGCAGAGUCGAGGCUUAAAAGGAACAACCGGAAUUGAAAUCUCCAGAGGGGAAAGCUUGGCAUCUCUAUUUAGAAAAAUCUCUACAUGCAAUUCUCAUUUGCAGCCAGAAUUGAGAACCAUUGACCUAGGCUUUCUGCCUACUUAGCCAGUGAAGUUUCCAGAACAUCUACUGUCCCUGUGGAAAGCCAUGUUAGUGCAUGUCCAAAGUUACAAGCUUCUGGAAAGUAGGCCAGUUUGAGGUAAAGCUGGAAACAAAGAGGUAUUUUAGGAGAGCUUCAUCAAUUGUAUUCAAUCGUGAAAGGUGAGAACCUGGGUGACUCAAGGUGUCCUAGGUUGCCCCUGGAGAAAAGGGAUGUCCUGUACCUAAGGAAGACAGCACCUCCACUCCUCAGUUCAGCAAUUUCCAUGGUCUUCCUGGAGAGGGGUCCCAGAAGUGCAGCCAGUAAGAGGCAUCUGGAAGCCCAGAGAGUACUAGGGAAGUGGUAGGCAUGCAGGUGAAUCUGGCAAGUUCAUGUUAAGAGUUUAGCCCGUUAUCAGGGCCAAGUUCUUGACUCAGUGGCUUAGGAGGCGUUUCUUUGCUUUUUCUAGCAACUCCACCCAGCCUCAGCAGGGGACACACUUCUCUCUGCGUUUCCUGCCACCUCUUCUAGUGGCAAAAGAUUCCAUUCCCACUUAGGUAAUGGAGGCUUUUUUGUAGGGAGCAGCCAGUUAAGAUGUAUGGAUUCCCGUGUUGCUAUAAACAGCCAUGAACAGGCUGCAGAACAGAAAACCUGGGUACUUCCUGGAAAGUACUUCCUCCAUCUUCUCAACAAAUCAGAUUCUCAAGACCAGCUGCUCCCCAACCUGGCUUAUUCUUUGUUCUAGGAGACAGUUCCCAAUGGACACAUACCUGUGAAAACACUCUCUGGUAAACAACUGCAUUGUUAUUGAAAUUUCACUCUAAAAUCCCAAAGCCAGGUAAAGCCUAAUUGCCAGCUUUAAUGAUGGA